AUGGCGGCGCGAGAUGCCUAUCUGAAGCGCUCCUUGGGCACCCUGUCCAAGCGCAUUCGUGAGUCCCGCGUCCUGCUGGUGGGUGCCGGAGGGAUCGGCUGCGAGCUUCUCAAGAACCUCCUGCUCACCGGUUUCGGCGAAAUCCACAUUAUCGACCUUGACACAAUCGACCUGAGCAACCUGAACCGCCAAUUCCUCUUUCGCCAGGAGCACAUCAAGAAAUCGAAGGCAUUGGUAGCGAAGGAGGUCGCCGGUAAAUUCCAGCCCAAUGCGAAACUGGAAGCCUAUCACGCCAACAUCAAGGACAGCCAGUUUACCGUGGACUGGUUCGCCAAGUUCGAUAUCGUUUUUAACGCCUUAGACAAUCUCGACGCCCGCCGCCAUGUCAACCGAAUGUGUCUGGCAGCGAACGUGCCUCUAGUGGAGAGCGGCACUACCGGCUUUAAUGGACAAGUCCAGGUUAUCAAGAAAGGCCAAACUGAGUGCUACGAUUGCAAUCCGAAAGAGGUUCCCAAGUCCUUUCCCGUCUGUACUAUACGGAGCACGCCCAGCCAACCCAUCCACUGCAUCGUCUGGGCUAAAAGCUACCUUUUCCCCGAGCUGUUUGGAACGAGCGAGACUGAUGCCGAAGCGGAUGGUCUCGACCAUUCAGAAGAUGCAGAAAAUGCGGAGGAGAUUGAGAAUCUCCGUCGUGAAGCACAGGCCCUCAAAGCAAUUCGAGCGUCGAUGGGCUCCGAUGACUUUGCCGAGAAAGUGUUUACAAAGGUAUUCAAGGAAGACAUAGAACGGCUACGUGGCAUGGAAGACAUGUGGAAAACACGUAAGCCACCAGAGCCUCUGGAUUACGGCACGCUGCAAGAAAAGGCCAGCGCCAUCGAUCCGACCGUCUCCCAAAACGAUCAGAAGAUUUGGACCUUGGAAGAAGAUUUUGUCGUCUUCAAGGACAGGUCAGAUACUCGAAUGCCUUAUGAGGACAAGAGACUCAAGUCGCUCCAGGAAAGCAAUACGGGCGAGGUCGAACCAAUCCUGACCUUUGACAAGGAUGAUGUCGAUACGCUAGACUUCGUCGCCGCCAGCGCGAAUCUGCGAUCGACUAUCUUUGGAAUCGAGCCCAAGUCGAAAUUUGACAUCAAGCAGAUGGCUGGGAACAUUAUUCCUGCGAUUGCGACGACCAACGCCAUGACGGCAGGUCUCUGUGUCCUACAAGCUUUCAAAGUUCUAAAGGAUGAUUACAGCCGUGCUAAAAUGGUCUUCCUCGAGCGAUCUGGUGUUCGCGCUAUCAAUUCCGACACCUUGAAGCCUCCUAAUCCAAAUUGCCCUGUUUGCUCGGUCGCCCUAGGCAGGAUUUUCGUGGACUUGGAGCACGCAACCUUGAAUGACUUGAUUGAGGACAUACUCCGCCAGCAGCUAGGAUACGGUGACGAGUUCUCUGUCAGCACCGAUGCUGGCACGAUUUACGACCCCGACCUUGACGACAACCUUCCUAAGAAGCUCACAGAUCUGGGUCUCAAGGCCGAAAGCCUGAUCAGGGUGAUAGAUGAAGAGGAUGAAGAGCCUCGGGUAAACUUGGAGUUGCUUGUUUCUGAACGAGCGAAAGCUACCCCGGAGGAUAAGCCUAUUUCCCUCGAGAAGCAAAUCGAUAUCCCGAAGAAGCCGAAACAAGAACCUGCCGCCGAGGAGCAGGUCAACGGAGCGGCGCUCAAUGGCACCACAGGUAAACGAAAACGCGGCGCCGAAGAAGCUGGGCUCGAAGAGAUUCAGCCCGCCAAGCGAUUCGCGAAGGCGGAAGCCAACGGGGACGGAGAACAUCCAAUUGUCCUUGACGAGACCGAAAGCGGCGCAAUUCUGAUUGAUGAUUGA